AUGAACACACAAGGGACCUACCGCCCUGGAGACCUCACAGCCAGCGGUCUGCUCUACGAAGGAUCGGACUUCCACUCAUGGGCCGAGAGCACAUGCGCUUUGCUGCGCGUGAGGGAACUCAUGCCCGCCGGCUUCACUUUUGACGCAUUGAUGGCAGUGGGCUGGGCCACGGUGGACAGGAGAAUUCCGAAGCAGGAAGAAGCCAUGGAAGUGAUUCUUGGCCGUGUCAGUCCCAACGUCCACCAACGAAUCCCCGUUCCAUUCAGAUUCAAUACACGCGAGCUAUUCAUGGCACUACAGGAAGCCUCAAAGCCGUUUCGGCUCAUGGACCUAUCUCCUGAGUUUCGCAACCGUGUUUACCAAGCGGCACUCAACGAUGCCACGCCUGACCAAGAGAUUUCCAUCACCAAGCCGCGGAGGUCGAAACUCCCACCACUGCUGCAACUGUCCCGCAAAGUCCGUGUAGAGCUCAGACCUCUAUACUUCGGCACUAGAACGUUCAAGGUGGAGCACAUCGAGUCGGAAACUGACCCAGUCAAGACGCAACUCGAGGAAUGGAUGAAGCAGAUCGUGCGGAGUGAUGCUCAACAUCUCCGACACCUGAUCAUUAGGCUUUCUCUCCGUCGAUCACAUUUGUAUAGCAGUUUUCGCUUUACUCUGAGAUGGUCUCCUACAAAUGGCCUCAAAGUCAUCCUCCUUUGUCGCUCUGUCUUGCUACUGUCAAAUCUCGCUUCUUUACAGGCGCAACUACUGCUUCCGCACGCCCAACGUCGAAGGCUCGCAGGAGAAAGACCAUCACACAUGCAACUUCGAUCACUCCUCGGAUGGGCCUACGGCUUAUGCUUACUGCACCUAAAACGUGCUGUCGGAGCACACUUCGUGGUCGGCUCAGUAAUCACCAUCCACUAUCCACCGAGCACAAUAGGCGCGUACAACACUGGCGGCGACUUGGCGUUCGACGACAAGGAGCAGAGCUUGGACAUGGAUGAAUGA